UUUAAGAUCAAAGAUAUGGCGUUGUUGACACAUGAGGAAAACUCUGUUAUAUUUGGUGUCUUGGGUAACGUUAUAUCAUUCAUGGUGUUCUUGGCGCCAGUGCCAACCUUUCACAAAAUUUAUAAGAAGAAAUCAUCAGAAGGGUUUCAAUCCAUACCAUAUGUGGUUGCACUUAUGAGUGCAAUAUUGCUGUUAUAUUAUGCUCUUCUGAAGAAACAUGCAUUGCUGAUAGUCGGUAUCAAUGCUUUUGGAUGUGCCUUGGAAGUUGCUUACAUUAUAUUGUACCUUAUUUAUGCACCAAAGAAGGAGAAGAUGUUUACAUUGAAGUUAAUCCUUGUCUUCAACAUUGGAGCUUUUGGGUUGAUGAUAUUACUGACAAUGUUACUGAUAAAGGGCUCCCAAAGAGUAAAUACUGUUGGGUGGAUAUGUGCAGCUUUUAUUGUUGCUGUAUUUGCAGCGCCAUUAAGCAUAAUGAUGCGAGUGGUACGAACAAGAGCAAGCGUUGAAUUUAUGCCAUUCCCAUUAUCAUUGUUCCUCACUCUCUCUGCUACAACUUGGUUCUUAUAUGGACUUUUUGUAAAGGAUUUCUUUAUUGCACUACCAAAUGUGCUGGGAUUUCUAUUUGGCAUUGCUCAAAUGGCAUUGUAUAUGAUAUACAAAAAUGCGAAAAAAGAGGAUAAAGGAGCUACAGAGAUCAAAAUGAAUAAAACUGAGAAUUUUUGCCAUGAAAAUGAGCAGUGCAAGGAGAUGAAGUCUGCUAUGGCUCAUGACUAUGAAGUGUACGAACACAAUGACUCAAAUGAGAAUAAUGUAUGAAUCACUUUUGUACCUUUGCGAGCAUGAAAUUCAAUUUUGUUUAAAGUAUGAAAUUAUCGUUGCUCUAAUUCCUAAACUUGCAAAUCCAAUUGAGAUCCAAGAUGUCAGGCCACUCUCUUUGGUGAAUAGCCUAUACAAAUACAAGUUGCUUACAGAAGUUACAAUUUCAGUGGGUAGAUUGUAAAAAAAAAGUUGAUUUUUAGGAAAAUUGUUUAU